AUGAGUGUUCUUGUACUUGCACUGUUUGCGGCAACGAGCGUGAGCACCAGCACCAAUCUCGCCGCCUUUGAAAGGUCUGACAUAGCUGUGCCCUCCAAGUACCACAUAAAUGAAAAAAAGGUCGACAAUUUAAAAAGGCUUGCAAAUCGUAUUUAUGAGGCUUCAAACAUUAGCAUGCUCAAAUUCGUGAAAACUUUGGAAGAACAACAGGAAGCGAUGCAGCAAAAUUUCGCUUUGAACACACAACAGAAAGAAGAACUUGCAAAAGAGCUGGAAGUUGGAUAA